CCGCGGGCCCGGCCCGACAAAGUGCUGGCGAGCUGCGACGUGACCUCCCGGCCGCGUGUGUGCCCGAGAGAGCGAACGAGGUAGCUGGCGAAGGACGCGACCUGGACCCUGGGCCCUGCGGGACUCCAGUCGUGUCACGUACACGCUUGGCGGCACGAACCGCGCAUAACGAUAUUUGGAUUUGAACUGCAUUUUGGAAAUCAUCUACACUUAAAAUGCCACCAGCAGUUGGAGGUCCAGUUGGAUACACUCCCCCGGAUGGAGGCUGGGGGUGGGCAGUAGUAGUUGGAGCUUUCAUUUCCAUCGGCUUCUCUUAUGCAUUUCCCAAAUCCAUUACUGUGUUCUUCAAAGAAAUUGAAGGCAUAUUCAAUGCCACCACCAGUGAAGUGUCAUGGAUAUCCUCAAUCAUGUUGGCUGUCAUGUAUGGUGGAGGUCCUAUCAGCAGUAUCCUGGUGAAUAAAUAUGGCAGUCGUCCAGUCAUGAUUGUUGGUGGCUGCUUAUCAGGCUGUGGCUUGGUUGCGGCUUCUUUCUGUAAUACUGUUCAGGAACUUUACUUGUGUGUUGGAGUCAUUGGAGGUCUUGGGCUUGCCUUCAACUUGAAUCCUGCUCUGACCAUGAUUGGCAAGUAUUUCUACAAGAGGCGACCUUUGGCAAAUGGACUGGCCAUGGCAGGCAGCCCUGUGUUCCUCUCCACUCUGGCCCCCCUCAAUCAGGCUUUCUUUGGUAUCUUUGGCUGGAGAGGGAGCUUCCUAAUUCUUGGGGGCCUCCUACUAAACUGCUGUGUAGCUGGAGCCCUGAUGCGUCCAAUAGGGCCCCCACCAACAAGUGCAGGGAAAGAUAGGUCUAAAGAAUCCCUUCAGGAACCUGGAAAAUCUGACGAGAAAAAGGGAGCAGGUGAUGCAAAUAUAGAUCUUAUUGGAGGAAACCGCAAAGAAGAGAAACGAUCAGUCUUCCAAACAAUUAAUAAAUUCCUGGACUUAUCUCUGUUCACACACAGAGGCUUUUUGCUAUACCUGUCCGGAAACGUGCUCAUGUUUUUUGGACUGUUUACCCCUUUGGUCUUUCUUAGUAAUUAUGGCAAGAGUCAACAUUACUCUAGUGAGAAGUCUGCCUUCCUUCUUUCCAUUCUGGCUUUUGUUGACAUGGUAGCCAGACCUUCUAUGGGACUUGUAGCCAACACCAAGUGGAUAAGACCUCGAGUUCAGUAUUUUUUUGCGGCUUCUAUUGUUGCAAAUGGAGUGUGUCAUCUGCUAGCACCUUUAUCCUCCAGCUACAUUGGGUUCUGUGUCUAUGCGGGAUUCUUUGGAUUUGCAUUUGGGUGGCUCAGCUCAGUGUUGUUUGAAACACUGAUGGACCUCGUUGGACCCCAGAGGUUCUCCAGCGCCGUGGGAUUGGUGACCAUUGUGGAAUGCUGUCCAGUCCUCCUGGGGCCACCACUUUUAGGUCAUCUGAAUGACAUCUAUGGAGACUACAAAUACACCUACUGGGCAUGUGGUGUGAUCCUCAUUAUAGCAGGCAUCUAUCUCUUCAUUGGCAUGGGCAUCAAUUAUCAACUUGUGGCAAAAGAGCAGAAAGCAGAGAAUCAGCAGAAAAAGGAAAGUAAAGAGGAGGAGACCAGUGUGGAUGCUGCUGAGAAGCCAAGAGAAUAUGCAGCAGAAUCUGCAGAGCAGAAAGACACAGAAGGAAGUCCCAAAGAGGAGGAGAGUCCAGUCUAAAUCUUUGGGGCCCAAGGGUCAGUGAAGCAUCUGUGACCCAAGAUCCCUGAAAAUAUCUACUGGCCUGUAAUCCAGCAGUGGUGCUCAAUGCCAACAGUGGACGUGUGUGGGAAUUGUACCAGGUGUUCAGUGAUGGAAGUUUUGUUUUCACUCCUUACCAGCAGCCUGAAUUAAAAAUGCCAUAUCUUUGGGGAGGGAGUGGUUGGCAAAGAAUGAGACAAGGACGUAGUGUGGGUUUUUUUUGUUUGUUUGUUUGUUUGUUUAAAUCCUAGCUUUUAACAGUGUCCAGAAGAUUUUAAUAUGUGCCUUAAGUUUUAGUCUUUAGAACUCUUUAGGGAGCCUUAACUUUUUAAACCAUUCUGCUGAAUUCAUCUAUUUUAAGUGUUAUGUUAUAAGGAAAAAUAACAACUAACUUGUUUCUGACAAAUCUAAAAUUUAAAAUUAAUCUUGCUUCAUUGUUAUUUGUAAUAUACUGUCAGACAUCACCACUGGAAGAUUUAUGAAUAGAAAUAUUGGUUGGAAGUUGGGAUUUUAUAAAAUCCUGACUAAAAUAUUUUCCUUGCAUCAGUAGUUGCCUGGCAUAGUGCCUGAUAGCUAUAUAUUUAGGAAAUUUAAGGCAUAAAACUUUGGAAACAUCUUGGCCGUUCUAGACACAUUGUACUCAUCAGCACCCCUCUGGAAUCUUUUCUUGGGAUGCUAAUAUAUUAUUAGUGCUUGAGAAUUAUUAUUAUUUCAUUAUAAAAUUAUUAAAUUACUAUUUUCCCUUUUCAAAGACAAAUUUUGAGUGGUUAUAGACCAUUGCCCCCUUUGAAAUUACUUAGUAUUUUUCACUAUAAAAGUUAAUUUAAAAAUAUGCAAAAGUAUGUAUUUGUACCUCCUUAGUAAAUACAACACAUCUAAUUAAAUGUAGACAGAUAUUUCAAACAUCAG